GCCGAGGAUAACCAGUUAACAGUUAAACGUGAUUCAUUCAACAAGUAAAAGGAACAAAAGUACAGUGCUUGAAGGUGGUUGUUGUAAAGGAUAAAAUACUAGAGGACCUGUUGAUAUAGCGAAGAAGUGAAGUGUGGAUAAACUCGAUCGUGGAUUUUAAUUAAUUAAUUUUAUUAUUAAAAACAAAAAUAUAGUGAAAUAACAAUUUAAUUCACAAAAAUGUGUAAUAAAAUAAUUUAUCUGGGAGUUGUUUUGCUAUUGGCACCUACCGGAUUCGUUAAAGGUUCCUGCCUAGAAUAUGGUCAUUCAUGCUGGGGAGCACAUGGCAAAAGAUCCAUUGGGAAAAUAUAUCGCUCAAUAGAUGGUAACAGCGAAAGUCAACAAUCGUCAGAGGCAAAAAGAGAUAUAGACCCAAGUGAACUUCUUAAUAUGUUGUUGGAAAGGAACGUAAGAAUGAACUUAGAUGAAACCUCAAACUCACACGACUUCAAAAGAAGAAAUGCCCAAGAAAAUUCACAAACAUUCGAUGAAUCAGAGCAAAGACUUAAAAGAAAGCUACGAGAUGCCUUUCGAAAAGGUAUAGUUUUUCACUAUUCCCCAUCAGAAUCUGAAGAAAAAAAUAUUCAAAAAAAUACCGAAGAAUCCCAAAAACCAAAACGACACCAGAAACCUAAAGCUGAGUCAAUGGACAGUACAAAUGAAGAUAAUCAACUUGAAAACUAUCCUAUCAUCAAUCUGGACAUGGAAUAUUUGGAUUUGAAAUGAGUCGAAAAUAAUUAUCAACCAAAAUGACCCUCGAUUAAAAGUUAAACAAGAUACACAAACUAAAUACACAAAAUAAACUUACUAACUAAAAAUCUAUAGAAAAAAGCACGCACCUUUACCAAAGAUAAAAACACUGAGCAGAAGGAUAAAUAUUUUUUAUCAUGAUAAAAUAAAUUUACAAUUUUAUGGUUUUGUUUUGUUACACAAAAAAAAAAUGAUGAAUAUAUUGAUUUUUUUUAUAUAAAUAUUAAUUUAUUGGUACAAGGCUGGAUGUACUAAUAU